CAGUCCGGGACGGCACUGGGGGGCGGCCUGUGCGUGGAAGCGAGCUCCGGACCGCCGGCCUUCCCGCGCCCGCCAGGCGCCGCAUGCUGCGGGCCGCGGCCGCCAGCCCCCGCUCGGGUUCGCGGUGCUGAGGCGCCGGGGCAGCGCGCGAAAUGUCGUCGGCCCUCCGCGCCGCCGACUUCCCCCGCUGGAAGCGCCACAUUUCGGAGGAGCUGAGGCGGCGGGACCGGCUGCAGAGGCAGGCGUUCGAAGAGAUCAUCCUGCAGUAUAACAAGUUGCUAGAAAAGUCUGAUCUUCAUUCGGUGCUGGCCCAUAAGCUACAAGCUGAAAAGCAUGACAUCCCCAACAGGCAUGAGAUCAGUCCCGGCCACGAUGGCUCAUGGAAUGAUAGUCAGCUACAAGAAAUGGCCCAGCUGAGGAUUAAACACCAAGAAGAACUGACUGAAUUACACAAGAAACGUGGGGAGCUAGCUCAGUUGGUGAUUGACCUGAAUAACCAAAUGCAGCAGAAGGACAGGGAGAUGCAGAUGAAUGAAGCAAAAAUUGCAGAAUGCUUGCAGACCAUCUCUGACCUGGAGACGGAGUGCCAAGAACUGCGCAGCAAGCUUCAGGACCUCGAAAGAGCGAACCAGACCCUGAAGGAUGAGUACGAUGCCCUGCAGAUCACGUUUACUGCCUUGGAGGAGAAACUGAGGAAAACUACUGAAGAGAACCAGGAGUUGGUCACCAGAUGGAUGGCUGAGAAAGCCCAGGAAGCCAAUCGCCUCAAUGCAGAGAAUGAGAAGGAUUCAAGGCGGCGGCAAGCCCGGCUGCAGAAGGAGCUCGCAGAGGCCGCCAAGGAACCUCUACCCGUUGAACAGGAUGAUGACAUUGAAGUCAUUGUGGAUGAAACCUCUGAUCAUGCCGAGGAGACCUCUCCUGUGCGAGCCAUCAGCAGAGGGGCCACUAAGCGACUCUCGCAGCCUGCUGGAGGCCUUCUGGAUUCUAUCACUAAUAUCUUUGGUCUGUCCGAGUCUCCCCUUUUGGGACAUCACCCUUCUGACGCUGCCAGGAGGCGCUCUGUCUCUUCCUUUCCAGUUCCCCAGGAUAACGUGGAUACUCAUCCUGGUUCUAGUAAAGAAGUGAGAGUGCCAACGACCGCCAUAUGUGUCUUUGAUGCUCAUGACGGGGAGGUCAACGCCGUGCAGUUCAGCCCGGGCUCCCGGCUGCUGGCCACCGGAGGCAUGGAUCGGAGAGUUAAGCUUUGGGAAGUGUUUGGAGAUAAAUGUGAGUUCAAGGGCUCCCUGUCUGGCAGUAAUGCAGGAAUUACAAGCAUUGAAUUUGACAGUGCUGGUUCUUACCUCUUAGCAGCUUCAAAUGAUUUUGCAAGUCGAAUCUGGACCGUGGAUGAUUAUCGGUUACGGCACACGCUCACAGGACACAGCGGCAAAGUGCUGUCUGCCAAGUUCCUGCUGGACAAUGCGCGCAUUGUUUCUGGAAGUCACGACCGGACCCUCAAGCUCUGGGAUCUCCGCAGCAAAGUCUGCAUAAAGACCGUGUUUGCAGGCUCCAGCUGCAAUGACAUCGUCUGCACAGAGCAGUGUGUGAUGAGCGGGCACUUCGACAAGAAAAUUCGUUUCUGGGACAUCCGAUCAGAGAGCAUUGUCCGAGAGAUGGAGCUGCUGGGCAAGAUCACUGCCCUGGACUUGAACCCGGAAAGGACCGAACUCCUCAGCUGCUCUCGGGAUGACCUGCUAAAAAUUAUCGAUCUGCGAAUAAACGCUGUCAGACAGACGUUUAGCGCCCCUGGAUUCAAGUGCGGCUCUGAUUGGACCAGAGUUGUGUUCAGCCCUGAUGGCGGUUACGUGGCAGCAGGCUCAGCUGAGGGCUCCCUCUACAUCUGGAACGUGCUCUCGGGAAAAGUGGAGAAGGUCCUUUCAAAGCAUCAUGGCUCGUCCAUCAACGCCGUGGCUUGGUCCCCCUCCGGCUCCCACGUUGUCAGUGUGGACAAAGGAAGCAAAGCCGUGCUGUGGUCAGAAUAUUGACGGUGCCUCCUCGAGGGAGCAGAGCCAAAGCCGGAGACGCGCGCAGGCUCUGUCCUAGCAGGUGGUGUGUUGGGUGUAGCUCUGAUCUCCAGAGAAGAGCCCGGGCCAUGUGGUCCAGGGGCCUCCUUUGAACAGGAUUUCCAAGGAUUUGGGCUGAGGUCUCUACGGCCUGAAAGGAUAACACUGCAAAAACCUGACCCUGCAGCCACUUGGCAGCGGUGCAGGUGCUUGCCUUGAUUCGAUGGGAAACACUACUGGCUCUGAUCUUCUAUACCUCAGUGGGGGGAGCGCGGGCACCUACCGGCUUCCUCGCCGGCCGGUAGUGCCGGGAACACCCCACACGUCUGGGGUGGGUUUUCCCUCCUGGCUUUCUUUGGACCUUCCACGGAUGGUUCUGGCGGAUGGUUCUGGCGGAAUGCAUGUCCUGUCACCCUGGGGUCGUUUUUCCGGUGAACUGCUUUAAUCACUGGAUUAACAGAAACCUAAACAGGAUUACCCUUGCCCUUUGGCUGCAGGGGCCACCCUGAUUUCCCAGGACACGGGACUGUGGUCCCUCCCUGCUGGUCUGUGUCAUGAUUACAAGGCUCUUACUCUGAUCUCAUCUGAUUACUGUUGGAAUUUCCUUAGAUCUCCUGAAUAGUUCUUAGAAAGCAGCUGUUCUUCAAAGCUUCGGUGUCUUUUCUUUCUCCCCAGCAGUGCUAUAUGCUAAUUUCUCAUCGAGAAAUAAAUCCCAACUUGGUUAAAAAAUCUGUUCUGAGGCAGGAGAGGAAGUGUGCUGCAGUCCUGUGUCCAUCUGUAGACUCCCAGAAAGCGGGCGCCGCCACCUCCUUCCAGGGACGCCUCAUUUAUACUCGCAGGUGACGAGGGACUGGAGGCCUCGAAUGUAUUCGCCUGGAGCUGGUGGUCCCAGGCCACUGCCCUUCUGCCAAGUCUACGUGCAAUAGCCCCUCGGUGCUUUAGUGCGAGAAGCCCAUUCUGGGAAGCAUGGGAUUGUCAUCUUAGGUUUCGGGAGUUAGGUUCAAGGCCGGAGGACACCUGGCCUGUGUCUUGCUUUUUUUUUUUUUUUUUGUACACAUUUAUCUUUAUCAUUUUAGUUCCUGGGUGACUGAAACACCAAUACUUUUAUCACUUCUUAAUUUGCACUUUAUUGUUUUUCCUUCUGCUCUUGUUCUCUGGACAGCUGUGGGGGUGAGAGCCGGAGCUGGGUGAGGAGGGGGCCGCCGUCCUCCCUCAUUCCCGGCCCUCCUAGCCCCCUUUCAGCUUGCUGCUCCAGGAGCUCAAGGGAAGGUGGAACGCACAGGCCAGGGCGCAGCUGUUAUUUAUUUAAUUAUGUUGCCCAACAGAACUUGAUUGUAAAUAAAAAAGAAAUCUGUUCUAUACUUUUCAAA